UAGAAAACCCUGCCGCUCACCAUAAAGAGAGCGAGAGAGAAAAGCGACGCCAAAACCCUAAACUCAGUUUACAGCGGGUUAGAAAACCAGCACAACUGAGCUUUGAGCUUUUGGUCUUCCAUGGCGUUGUAUCUUCUAUACGAGUCUGCCUCCGGUUACGGUCUGUUUUUGGCCCACGGUAUUGAUGAAAUUGGACAGAACACAGAGGCUGUUCGUAACUCAGUAGUUGAUCUAAAUCGCUUUGGGAAGGUUGUCAAACUCGCCGCUUUUAAUCCUUUUGAAUCGGCUCUUGAUGCUCUCAACCAGUGCAAUGCCGUCUCCGAAGGCCAAAUGACUGAUGAGUUGAGGAACUUCCUCGAGCUUAGCCUUCCUAAAGUCAAAGAAGGUAAAAAGCCUAAGUUCAGCUUAGGAGUGGCUGAUCCCAAAAUUGGAUCUCACAUAUAUGAAGAAACCAAGAUCCCCUGCCAGAGUAAUGAGUUUGUUCUUGAGCUCAUUCGAGGUGUUCGUUUACAUUUCGAUAGGUUCAUUGAGAAUCUCAAGCCUGGUGACUUGGAGAAAGCUCAACUUGGUUUAGGCCACAGUUACAGCAGAGCAAAAGUGAAGUUUAAUGUCAACCGAGUUGACAAUAUGGUCAUUCAAGCAAUCUUCCUUCUUGAUACCCUUGAUAAGGAUGUAAACUCAUUCUCCAUGAGAGUUAGGGAAUGGUACUCAUGGCACUUCCCAGAGCUAGUAAAGAUUGUCAAUGAUAACUAUCUUUAUGCUAAACUUGCAAAAUACAUAAAUGACAAAUCAGAGUUGUCUGAAGAUAAGUUAGAUGGGCUAGUAGAUAUCCUUGGUGAUGAAGAUAAAGCAAAGGAAGUAAUCGAAGCAGCUAAAGCUUCCAUGGGUCAAGAUUUGUCACCAGUUGACUUGAUCAAUGUCCAGAUGUUUGCACAACGUGUGAUGGACCUUGCUGAAUACAGAAAGAAGCUUUAUGAUUAUCUUGUUGCUAAAAUGAGUGACAUAGCACCAAAUUUGGCUGCAUUAAUUGGUGAAGUUGUUGGUGCUCGAUUGAUAUCUCAUGCUGGAAGCCUCACAAAUCUUGCAAAAUGCCCUUCUUCUACCCUUCAAAUCCUUGGUGCUGAAAAAGCCCUUUUCAGGGCUCUGAAAACAAAGGGUAACACACCGAAAUAUGGUCUUAUCUUUCAUUCGUCUUUUAUCGGGCGUGCAUCUGCUAAAAACAAAGGUCGAAUGGCUCGUUAUUUGGCUAACAAAUGUUCAAUUGCUUCUCGAAUUGAUUGUUUCUCAGAGGGAAGUGGUACUUCUUUUGGAGACAAGCUUCGUGAGCAAGUGGAAGAGCGUCUUGACUUUUAUGACAAAGGUGUUGCACCUCGUAAGAACAUUGAGGUUAUGAAAGCUGCUAUGGAGAAUGCUGCAAAUCAAGAAAUGGAGGUUGAAAAUGGAUCUGAACCAUCUUCGAAGAAGAGCAAGAAAAAGAAGUCAAAAGACAAUGGUGAAGCAAAGACAGAUGACAAAGAGAACAACACUGUUACAAAUGGAGAUGCUGCUGAAACCAAAUCAGGGAAGAAGAAAAAGAAGAGAGCUCUUGAAGAAGAGGAGACAGAAGCUACUACUGAGAAUGGGAAAGAAAAUGGAACAGAGAAGAAGAAGAAGAAGAAGAGCAAAGAUGUUGUAAUGGAGGAUGUUUCUGCUGUAAGUGAAGGAAAGAAGAAAAAGAAGAAAAAGUCAGCAGCUGAGUGAAGAAGAAGAUGAUAUGACGUGCUAUUUUGAUAUUAUUAUUAUUAUUAUGUUUUUUUUUUGUUGGUAUCGUGUUGUUGGUUGCUUGAAGUAUUAUUAUGAUGAUUAGAAACAAAAGGUUGGAAGGUAGUUAGGUUAAUUUUAUGUCAAAGUUUUGGUGUAGAUGGAUGUAUUACAGUUAAUUUCAUGUUUAAUGUGGUCUUAAUAUAGAUCAUGCCUCAA